GCUGAAGAUGGCCGGUUGUGACGUCAGGGCUUAUCGCACUGAAGAUGGCUGCUGUAGGGAGAGUCUGCGUCAACGCCAGGAUGAUUUUACACGUUUUUAUCUGUUUGUUCGCAGCAGCGAAGAGUGAUGAACAAGUCCCGCUGGUCGCAUGGGCGAGUGACGGGUUUGUCUUGUCUCCUGUGAACGCGCCGUCAGCAGGUCACACUGUGUCUAUGGAUGAGCUGGAAUCAUACCUGAACACAGCUUUGAGCGCAACACCUCAUAAUCUACUGCUCUUCCUGCAGGAUAAAUUGAGUGUUGAUGACUUUACAAUGUAUGGAGGAGUAUUUGGAAACAAACAGGAUAGUGUCUUCCAGAAUCUUGAGGCGGCUCUAGUGCCCUCCUCCUCCUUAUGGUUGCCAUCUGUGUCAUCGUCUGCAGCCGCUUUGGUUCCUACACUUCUCCAGAAUCAGAUUGAUGCUGCUCCUCUAUACAUGAACCCAGAAACACUUGCUCAACUCCGCCUUAAUGCGUCUGUUGCUGCCUUGCUGGUGUUUCGCCUCCCUUACAGUGGCGGGGCUGAUAUGAUGUCUACUAAAGAGGUGCUCAGUGGAAAUGAUGAGGUAAUUGGUCAGGUGCUGAGUAUCAUGAAAGCUCAGUCGGUACCGUAUACUGCAGUGUUUACUGCACUGUGGCCCUCAAGGGUGGUUGAGGAGGCAUCUCCAGCCGUGCAGUCUGUAUGGUCACGAUCGCUACUGCAGUCCCGUCGGGACGAACUGCCAGCUCCGAACCCACCUUUGGAAUUUAAAGAGAAAGGAUCCACCUGCAUUCUCAUGUGGGCGGAGAAACUGGUGGUUAGCCAGUAUCGCUCAGGAAAGUGGGAAAGGCAUGACCUUACCUCCCAGACAUUUGGUAAAGGUGUAGAACCCAACUUGUCUGGCUCAUCCUGCAAUGACACUCACUCCCGGCUGGUUCUGAAUUAUGAAGAUGUCCUGAAUUUUCGCUCGUUCAAGCUAUUAUUAGUUAUGAACCGCCGUCACUAUAAGGUUUCUGCUCGCCAUUGGUUCACUAUGGAUCUGGUUCAGCUGGAAUAUGAUGGGAAAAAAGCCUCAUUCAAUGGGAGCCGUCACAUCUACGCUCCGUCUGAGUACUCAUACCGAUGUGAGUCCGUAAGCAGUUCCUACUAUGCUCAGCUGUCACCGCACUCAGACAAGGACAAUGCCAACGACUGGCAGAUCUCUUUUGAGAACUUCCAGAUUCAGGGCUUUAAUGUAGCAGGGAAGGAUUUCUCUUAUGCCAGUGACUGCGCCAGUUUCUUCACUCCUGGUAUAUGGAUGGGGCUUGUCACAUCUCUGCUCAUGGUGCUCGUUCUCACUUAUGGCCUGCACAUGAUCAUGCAGCUCCGCACUAUGGACCGCUUCGAUGACCCUAAAGGUCCUGCCAUCUCCGUUCCCCAGACUGAGUGAUAGAUUCAAAGAUAGAUGCAAAGUUAGUUCCUUUUUUCAUCCUCACAGCACCCGUGUUUGCUUCGACUAUACAAAAAUGUGUGAAUGUUAUUCAUUUCUUACCUAUCAUGUGACUGAGGUGGUGCUGGAUUUUUUUUUUUUUUUUGGUGAUAAUCAUUCAAUAAAAACAUGUUAAUGAUUGAAUCUCAGGAUCACAUGUGCAGAUCGUAAAACAUAAAGAUUAUAUAUAAUUAAAAUGUCCAUGAAUUAAAAAAAUAGUUACAAGAAUUGCUAUAUUACUAUUUAAACUUGACUUCAAAGUUGAAAAAGCUAUGGUAUUACUUUUUAUGCAAAGUAAAAUUCCCAGUGCAUGUUUUAAUAGAUUGAUUUAUAAGCCUUUAUUUAACCCAGGCUCAUUCUGGAAACGUCCCGCGAAAUACGUCCCGGGAGGUAUGUAUUUGUGCAGUUUUUGUUUUCGCGAAUCCGCAAGAGGCCGCUGUGUGCACUUUUUCGCAUCUUGUACCCGCACUGUUCUCGUGUAAAGCCGCCAGAGGCCGCUGUCAAAUGACCUUCUGUCUGACUGACUAAAUGACUAAAUGAUUGACUGGGCGACCGGCCAAUCGGCCGACCCACCCUCCUCCUCCUUCCCUAAAACCCAACCGGUUUUACCGAUUGACCUGCCAGCCCGCACGCUUGCUUCCCUUAACCCAGGGUUGUCCAAACUUGUGGGGGCCCACAAGGCUUUUUAUGAAUAAUAAUAUAAUCUGGCCCGCUAUACAAAAAUGAACGUAAUUCAAUAAAUAAUCACCGGGUGUCGCUGUUACAUGCCUUCAAUUUUUUUUCGUGCUAAUAAAGUGCAAGAAUAUUCAGCGCUGGCUAAUUAUGAUGUAGCCCAGCUAAUCGCACCGCACAGGAAACCUUUCACUGAAGGAGAAUUUAUAAAGGAUGAGUGUUGCAAGUGUAAUUUGCCCAGAGAAGAUUCGAGAUUUUAAAAACGAACGUCUUUCUAGAAACAGUUGGACGAUGAAUUAAAAUAACAAAUUAAAAUAAUUCCAUAACACACACACACACACACACAUACAUACAUACAUACAUAUAUACACACACAUACAUAUAUAUAUAUAUAUAUAUAUAUAUAUAUAUAUAUAUAUAUAUAUAUAUAUGCGCGUGUCUGUGUAAUGUAUGUAAUAUAUGGCCUGGGACAACUUUUUUUUUUUUUGCAUCUGGCCCUCGGCUCAAAAAGUUUGGACACCCCUGCCUUAACCCAAGCAACAAUUUACAAAAGCUGUCCAGAAAAAGAAAACCCCGUCUGGUUUUGGCCGCGUUUUCAGAUUUCCCCACAUUCUCGCCCGGUUAUUAACUCGUUCACUUAAAGGAUUCUGUUUUUGUCUUACCUGGUUUCUGGAACCGCUCUUCCCCGGACUCGAACCCGGUCGUCGCCAUCGUCAGCUUCCCUCCAGGUCUCCACCCUGCCAACGUACACGACGAGCUAACUGGACAAACUGGUUGCAGUGGGAAAGCCCUCCACACGGAGGUGAGCUGUCAGCCGGCGAGCGCUAAAAUAAGCAGCGUCACACCGCCCCGUAGCGUUCGAUUAAAAAAAUGAAAAGCAGCCAUACGUACCUCCGGCCAUGUAAAUUGCGGUCUCCAGAAACGUCCGCGGGACUACGUUUUCAGAAUGAGCUCAGGUUGCUUUUACUGGCCUAAAGAUUUUAAAUUUCACCUGUAAAGCAACUAUACUUCAUUUUUUAUCUCAUUUGACUUUUUCCAGAAAAGAAUAUUAUUGUGUAUGUGUAAAGGCGCACCAUUAAAUGUGAUAAAUUAUUUUGACAAGAUAAAUAUCUACUAACAGAGUUUGAUGUUUAGUGUGCUGUCGCUGUAAAUAUGAAAAGGUGAGUUUGUUUUGCUGUUUAAAUGACAGGUUCAAUAUUAUUUAUUGGUGGUGAAUAUCAAUCAGUGUUUCUGUACUGUAGUUUCCCUUCACAAUUCUGUGGUCCUGUGUGUGUCAAUAAAUAGAUGUUGGUGUGGGAACUGGCAUAUUUAAUGACCAAGUCUUCAUAUUGCUGGAAAAUGUCUGGUUAAUAAUCAAUAAAAGUUUCUCUGUUGUCAUCUCAUGCAGGCAUGCUAUGAACAGAUACGCUGUCUGUCCAUAUGUUGUUCAGGUUUAAUAAACGUACAUGACAAAACA